AUGAGCGACGUAACACAACUAAGCAUGCCAGCUCAGAUUAGUUUCCUCAUUAAUAUCAUCAUUAAUAUUGUUAUUUGUCCCUUCACUGUCCUCCUGAACGUGCUGGUAAUAAUGGCAGUUAAAAGAAGACCAAGACUGCAAAGAAACUCCAACAUUUUGCUGGCCUGUUUAGCAGCUACUGAUACAGCCACUGGUUUACUGACACAACCAUCAGAUAUUCUGUAUAUGAUUCUCAAGCUAUCUGGAAUCGGCGAUAAAGGCGCUGGACCCACGAUUUUGGAUUUUCAUAAUUCUUCUUUACGCGCCCUGUUUGUCUGUUCGUCGCUUCAUCUGAUGUUGGUAACCUUUGAGAGGAUUACAGCGAUCAAAUUUACAAUGCACUACAAUGCGGUUGUCACAAAAGACAAACUUAAGGUAGUAGUGGCUGUAUUUUGGUUCCUUUCGGUUUCAUCUGAGGUAGUAAAUCACGUAACAGGCCAAACACUUUACUCAAACGUUUUAACAGCUUUGACUUUAGUUUCCUGUGUUCUUUUUAUGUCAAUUUCAUACUUAUUGUUGUACCAAGAAACGCGCCGACAUCAAAAGAGAAUGAAAAAGGAACAAAUCCCUGCUGUUCUGUUAUGUUUUUUCCCUGCGUUCAUAUUCCUUUCAGUUCUUUUGUACUUUUCAGGAGUCGUUGUAAUGCAAUCCAGUUUGUUUUAUGUUGUUACACCUUUCAUUCGUACAUCCGGUAUGUUAAACUCGUUUCUGAACCCACUUAUUUACUGUUUGAGGCAAAAAGAAAUGAGACAGUUUGUUUUAAGGUUUCUGAGAUUUCCGACAGCAAUACAAGUGGUGCAACCCAUUGAUAACUAA